AUGCUUCACCAUUCCAGUCAGCAGCAGCAACAGCAGCACCAGAGAUCAUAUCCACUGCCCCCAAAGCUCAGUCGGCCAGCGUCCGUCCUGCUAGAACCGUCUACAGCCAACCACGCACAAGAAAAGAUCACCCGCCCUCGAUCCCAAUCCCAAGCCGUCUACUCGACCUAUAUUCCUCCACCGACCAUCUCACAGUCCAGUAAUGGCAACAGCAGUGGCAACGGUGGCACCAAUUCCGGACUUGAGCCUGGUUCCAACCUCCAACCUCGCCUGCAGAACUGGAGACCGCCAACACACAGAUCCAAACUGUCGAAGCAAUACACUCCCACCGAAGACAGUGAGGAAGAGUCCACAGGAGAGAAGACCACCGCCGGACGACGAUCUAAAUACAUGUCCGGAGCCGCAUUGGAGCUCAACGCUGGUCCGCGGAAGGAGGAAACUCGAGCUCGUACGCAGUCCAAUGCAUCCCAGACAUCGGUUUUGGAUAACGCAGAUACGGUUUCUUUGAGCUCCCUCAGGUCGACUACCAAAAAGUUGUCGUUGGGAAAGAGGAUAUCGUCGUUCUUUCGUGGACCGACCAACAUCAAUGGCAAGCCCUCCAACUCUUUUCCUGUUUCUUCGCUGACCCAGUCCUUGUCCAACGCAGCAGCAGCAGCAGCAGCGGCAGAGGACUCUACGACCUCCAGAAGCUCAACGCCAUCACUCACGCCAAUCGACGAACUGACACCGCCCGACCGUGCCCAUUCCGUCUAUAUUCACCAACGCUCUCAUUCGACACCCGACCAUAACCAACGGCGAUCUUCUCACCACCACAAGAAUGAGGGUCCUUGCAUCGAUUCACAGCAACAACACCAGCACCAGCAGAUUCAACGACCUACCGUCCAUUUGCAACUCUCUACCUCGUCACCACAGCUUCCGUCGCAUGUUGACAACGAGCUGCACUUGCCUACGCCUCAACGACACAACAAUCGCCAUAGUUUCAUGGGCACCGACAUAACCAACUAUCCAUCCUCAAUCACAUCUACUCACAAGAGGGGAAACCCCCAGAACGGAUACGCCUCCUCCUCGUCCUCAGACACUCUCAUCUCCAAGGUCGAUCGUGAAAAGGCAUCCGUUUGCUUUCAAGCACCAUCGGCCAAGAAGGAAACCUUCACCAGGGAUGCCCACCUCGAUCCAGCAUUGUCGAGCCUGGUUCAGCAACACCGUAAGGACUUCAAGACCAACCAUCGUCUGGGAGGGACACCUCAAUUGACCACCCAGCGCCACUCGCCCCAGCUCCCCGGUCACUCACCUCGCCAACGUGGAUCCAUAUAUCUUCUGGACGACGCUCACCAAGCUCUGCCCCCACCCAUGCUGACGCCGGAUUCGCGACGUGAUUCGAACGGAUCCCAGAACUACGUCAAUCCAUCUUCCAGCCCUGGACUCUACGCAGUUGACACCCAGACGAAGAGACUCUCAACAGGCAGCCAGUAUUUUCAACAACAACAUCCCGACCAUCCUUACACUGGGACCUAUGGCAGCUCGAGUUCAGCCUCUGCCAAGUUAUCGGGAAGUCAAGGAAGCUUAUUGCUCCAGCACCCUGCAGGGCUUCACUUUGACCAAGCGCUUCAGAGUUCGCCAUUGGCAGGACCCCAAAUGACGUCUUCACCCAAACGCCUGUCUACCGUUGGUUACUUUACUCCUCACCAGCAUCAACAACAACAACAACAACAACAACAACAACAACAACAGUUCCAGUCUCAACCCCAACCCAUGCUGUCGCAAAUCUCUCCCUUUCCAAGUCCUAACCUGGGGCCCCUUCCAACAACAGGACUUCUACCCGAGAUGACAAUGCUCCAGCCCACAAUGCAACAGCAGCAGCAAUUAGAGCAACUACAACAGAUUCGAAUCCAACAACAACACGUCUUGCUUCAACAGCAGCAGCAUCUCCAUCAGCAGGCUCAUCAGGCUCAGCAGGCUCAGCAGACACGAACUGCUGUUGCAUUCAACGCCACUGCCGCUCUUCAGCAACAACAACUGCAAUUGCAAAUGCAACAACUCCAACUGCAACAACAACAUCAACAACAACAACAUCAUCAUCAACAACAACAACAACAACAACAACAACAACAACAACAACAACAACAACAACAACAACAACAACAAGUCGGUCUGGGACUUGAUAUGAUGCCAUCCCGAACCCUCGGCACGGCAACAUCUCCAGGAGCUGCCUCUCCACGUGCACGAUCCCCAGCCGCCUUUCAAACACCACACACCCCGACGAUGCACCAAUACCAGCAGCAACAACAACAACAACAACAACAACAACAGCGAUCAAUGAAAACUAACACCAAUAAUACUUUGCACCCUAUGCAAACAUACCCAACAGGGACCGGAUACCGGUAA